CCUGAGGGAACGUCAAAAGCGGCCGCUAACGCUGUGGCGACAGGCGUAAAGGCCACGCUAGCGCGUUCAGCCUUCCGAGAAGCGCUUGGCUUUGGAGAUACGCUCGAGAAGAAGGACGGAGGACUUGGCGAAGGUGACGCCAGGACAGACCGCUACGCUGUUGGUCCCUCUGGCUUGGCGACUUCUCUGAAAGCAACUAGUCAGGGGACGCACGCGCCGGAAACGCCUGCGCCCUACAGACCCCUGUUACUUCGACUCGAGGAAGAAACGAGCAGUCCAGCUGGAGAUGCUUAUGCCCCUGAAAACCUUUUGGAUCGCUGGAAAGAGGCCCAAGGUGUCAGCUUUGGCAUGGUGGUGCAAAACACCGUCUUUCGUGACAGAGAGCGUCACAUUUUUUUUAUGGUGCUAGGUACCGUCGUGCUCUGGGAGUUGUUGGCUUCCCCUCUCGAAUGGACAGUUGAUGAGAGUCUCUAUGAAUAUCUCGACUUGGUCGAUGCGACUGACGGGUAUGGAAAGCUGUGGGUUUGGAGUUGCUUGGGUGCCUCUGUAGGAGCCUGCAGCGUCGCCAUAUUUGUGGAUCAGCUGAAUUGCUUCCUCAGCAGUAACAUCUCCCGCCUCGCCGUCCAUUUCUAUGGCUAUGCUCUCCUGAUGACAUUGUCAUUGCUUGCCAGCGUCUUUUUGCCAGUCCAUAUCCCCAAGAAAACCAAGCGCAUGAACAAAACUGCUAAAGCCCUGAACCUCAUAGGAAGCGAUGGCCGAGCGAUCCUGUCUGCCAUGACCGUCUUCCUUACUGGCGUGGCUGGGUCAGCAGUGCACAACUUUCUCUUCUGGCAGAUGCAGGACCAAGGCAGCAGUGAGAUGUACAUGGGGCUCGCUGUGGCUGUUGCACUAAUUGCUGAACUUCUGCUUUGUUUCUUCAAAAGCAAGCUACUGAGGACUCUCUCGAGCAGUGGUGUUGUCGCACUGAGCCUCAGCUGCCUGGCGGCACAGCUUCUGUACUACUCAUUCCUGUGGAAUGCAUGGUCAGUUCUCCUUAUCCAGGUUUUAUCUGCCUUUAGCAAUGGUGCUUUGUGGUGGGCAGUUAACGUCACAGUCAAUGACAUCGCCACUCCCGGGACGGAGAGAUCCCUGCGCGCUCUUCUCCGAGGCCUCUCGCACGGCGGAGGAGCGAGCCUGGGGAGUUUUGCAGGGGGAUUUGUUGCGGCGAACUUUGGCCUGGCGGGUUUGUACAGGGCAUGCUGCGUGUGCCUGGUACUCUGGUUAUGCGUGUUCUUAAUCGUCCAGUCUAAGUUGCCUCGGCAGAAAAAAAUUAACUAUUCUCGUCUCCUGGCUGCCGAUUCCAGUGAUGUGAGUGACUCUGAUGAGGAGAAAGAAAGGGACUGGCUGGUAAAAGCUAUGAAGGAUGACAGCUUUAGUAGGAAUUGGUAACAACAGCUUGGGAUCAACUAAUCUGUACUUGCACAUGUGGGGUACAGAGGUGAUGGGAUAUGAUGAUGAUGCCCAGAAAUUACCAUUAAUUCUAAAGUGCUAAA